GUCGUUACCUGGAUUGCAGUUCGCCAUGAUCGUUCCCUCCCUGGAGGAGCUGAACUCCUUCAAGUACAGUGACCUGCAGAACUUGGCCAAGAACCUGGGCCUCCGGGCUAACCUGAGGGCAGACAAGCUGUUAAGGGCCUUAAAAGCUCACCUUAAAAAUGAAGCAAGAAAAGAAAAUGAAAAUCAGGAUGAAAUUCAAACUUCUGCAUCCUCUUGUGAUGAGACUGAGCUACAGACCAGCAGCCAGGGACAAGCUGAGAGGGAGCCGGAUGACCAUGUCACCAAAACCAGAGGAAGGCGUAAGACUGUCCACAGGAGCCCUGACUCACAGGCAAAUGGAAAUGUGCAAACUGAAAAGAAGCUACCACCUGUGCCCAAUCUGCAGAAUCAUUCAGAGAUAAAGAUAUGUGGCCCUACUGAAUCCCAGAAUCAAGAAAAGCAUGAAAACCAGGUUCUCAGAACUGCUGUGGAAGUUCCUUCUCUACCAAGUGAGAGUCAAGGAGAUGAGAAUGCAGUGUCCUCAGGAAAACACGGAACAGAUGGUAAUGAAGAUCCACGGGUACCUUCAAAAAGAAAGAAGUCUCUCUACACAGAUGGGUUUUCCAAACCUGGAAAAAAUAAAACCACAAGCACUACUCCAAACUUUAAGAAGCUUCACGAGGCUCGUUUUAAGGAAAUGGAGUCCAUUGAUCAAUAUGUUGAGAGAAAAAAGAAAUAUUUUGAAGAACACAAUUCAUUUAAUGAACUGAAGAGGCAGCCCGUCGCUAAGGGAGUGCCGGCAACUCCAGUUCCUGCCCGAGGAAGACUCUCCGUGGCUUGUACCCCUGGCAGCCAGCAGCGCUCUCAAGGCCGGCCCCACGCAGGCCGGAGCACCUUGUGUGUGAAGGGGUCAGCCAAGCACUCUGCUCUGUCGGCAGCUAAGAUGAAUGUCAGGUUUUCAGCUGCUACUAAAGAUAAUGAGCAUAAGCGUUCACUGACCAAGACUCCAGCCAGAAAGUCUCCACAUGUGACCAUGUCUGGGAAUACCCCAAAAGGCCAGGCUGUGCUCGGGACACACAAGUUAAAGACCACAAGGGGUGAAUCUGUUGCUGUUAUUACCCCGUUCAAGUUGACAACUGAGGCAGCGCAGACUCCAACCUCCCAUAAAAAACCAGUGUUUGAUCUCAAAGCAAGUUUGUCUCGUCCUCUCAACUAUGAGCCGCACAAAGGAAAACUGAAGCCAUGGGGACAGUCUAAAGAAAACAAUUCUCUACAUGAGCAUGUCAACAGAGUUAGCUUCCACAAGAAAACUUAUAAACAACCUCGUCUCCAGACCAGGGAGGAGCAACGAAAGAAACAUGAGCAGGAGCGAAAGGAGAAGAAAGAAAAGGUCCUGGGAGUUCGAAGGGGCCUCAUUAUAGCUGAACGUUCAUAA